UUUGUAUGCAACGGAGUGGCGAUUGCAGUGUUUUUGUUAUAUUUCUAUCAAUUUUAAGAAAUAGGAGAAUAAUAAUUUAAAGUUAAAAUGCCACCGGGACCUCGGAGACUAUCAAGAACUAAUCGUAGUCAAAAUGAAUGUUCUAAUUCUAAAAAUUCUCCGGUAACUCCCGCUAUAGAACCUCCGAUAUUACCAAAGCAUUUUCCAUUUCCAAAUAUUUCUGUAGAAAGCGAUGCUCUCUUCGAUUUUUUAAUGUUUUUCUUUGCCGUGGUUUCAAUGAUUUUACAAUUCUUAAAUAUGUACAAGGCAGUGUGGUGGUUACCCCAAAGUUAUACACAAAACACUGUGAAUUUUUACUUGAUCGACCCAAAUUUAGUUAUAUUUAUUACUGUUAUAUUUCUGAGACGACUUUACUAUCAUAUUGCUUGCACGUUAAUAUCUAAAGCACUGUCAAAUAAGUACGAAGAAUUAAGUAAAUUAACUAGAGGAAUUCUAUUUCUUUUCUUUUUCUUGAUUGUUGGAACAUCUGGAGCAAUAGUAAUAGGCAAUCAACCAAAGACUUCAAUCUUAUAUUUAUCAUAUCCUUUGGUAGUUUACGUUAUAUUAUUUGGAACCCAAGUACGACCUUUUUUUGAAACAGUGUCAUGGUGCUCGAAGGGAAGACCGCCUAUACAUGCUUGUAGUUCAAACCCGCUUGAUGUAAGAAGAGAAUGUGAACAUUUAAAAUCCAAUUUUAAUGAUAGGAUUAAACAGAUUUGCUUUACAUCAAUUGUGAAUGCCUAUUAUGGAGGGUUUAUUCCAUUUUCUUUUGCACAACCACAAUUAGUUUUUGACAGGAAUUGGUGUUUGCAACAUGUUGUAUACAUUUUUUGGAGCACAUUUGUUUUUUCCGUUACACAUAUGUUGUCUUUGAGAUAUUGGGAUGUUAUGCAUAGAUCCGUGUUACAUCUUGGAAUGUGGGAAAAAGUAGAACCAGGAAGAAACCUAAUCUUAGUAACUAGUGAAUGGAAAGAUGACGUAUUGUGGCCAGGAGGCGUGCUUGUAAAACAUGAAAAAUCGAUAUGGAGGGCAAUGGGCGAUAGCAACUCGAACGAACCUGGCGACAAGAGCUUAAAUCGUUACUAUAAAUUGUGCAUCGCGCCCUCUCAUUUAUUAUUUUUGAUAUUAGUGCUGCAUUCUUUGAUGGUAUUGUACCAAAUGAUCAUUCUAAUUAAGACACACAUGUGGUACAAGAUUCUGGCGCAGGCUAUAAUGUUAUUUUUCAAUUAUUAUGGAAUGUACAAGGUGUUCAGGGACUUCUUGGUUAGCUAUAGCUUUUACAAACCAAGUGAAGAGAGCGUAAGGAGAAGAGAAAGACACAGGCAACUCAACAAAAUGCACCAACGCAAACACAUUUGAACCAAAUCCAAACCGAACGAGAGGCUUUAAAGGGAACGAGUCAGACAAAAAUACUGAAGCAGCAAAAAAUUCCGACGAUGAACCUACUGAAGAUAGGUGACAACCGGUCAGGCCUUCCAGUUUUCUCGUGUUUGUCGCGAUACCAAUUCUGUUCUGGUUAAUUAUUCUCGCAAUGUAUUACGCAACCGGUGGGUUCGCCUUUUUUUACGUGCCCAGGUACACGCCGAAUCAAUAUUAAGGAAAUGUUUCGUGUUUCGUCUUUGUCGAGUGUAAUCAGUUGCCAAAAAGAUUUGAUGUGAUGUUGUUUCAAAUGUUUUGUGGUGUUAAAGAAAUAUAUGUAUAUAUUUUUAUAUUA